CCUUUGCGGAAGACGUCAUAGUAUUAAUGCAAAAAAAAAAGCACAGUUGGUUUUAAUAAACACAUUAAGCAUAUAUUGUAUUACUUUAGACAGUCAGCAAUCAUAUUAUUCGCGGUACUUAACGUUAAACAUCCGAGCUCAGUUAGCACUGACAGGAAAGUUUCAGUGUAUUUCCAGAUCAUGUUGGAAAACUCUCCAUCUCCUCUGCCAGAGAGGGCCAUUUAUGGUUUUGUUCUCUUCCUCGGCUCACAGUUUGGCCUCUUUCUGUAUUGCUUAUGGGCUUUUGUACCCGAGGAGUGGCUUCAUUCAAUAGGGCUCACGUACUGGCCUCAGAAGUAUUGGGCUCUUGCCAUGCCAAUCUAUUUGCUGGUGGCAAUAACGAUCUGUGGCAUUAUGUUAUUCGGAGUGAACAUGAACAACACGGCACCACUUGACUCUGUGGACAACAUCACAGAUGUGUACGCGCAAGGCCAGAGCACUGAAUCCUGUCAUAAUGGAGGAAUACCUCGACUGAAGGAUGUGUCCAUUAGUGAAGUCAACAAAAUGUUCUAUUUAUCACCCAGUAUGUAAGAAAUACAAUCUGAUAUUGCUGUGGACAGAGUAGAAGUAAAGCUGCUAGGGUUUUAUUGUGUUGUUACUGUUUGUCUUUUGUUUUAUAAAAAAGAUGCUUUAUGCCUUAUUUAUAAGAAGAUACAGUCUGACUUUUUUUUAUGCCUUAAGCGUCUAUAUAACGGUUAAUCAGUGAUGGUGAUGUGUCAGAAUACAGUAGUCAGAGCAAGAUGUACAUUGGAUGAAAAAGUGAGCAUAUGGCUUUACUGUCUGUGUUAAAUUACAGAAUGUUUAUAUUUAUUACU